AUCAAGUUCAAUGGUGAUAAACGCACAGGUGAAUACAGGUUAGGAAUAAGAAUUCGUAGAAUUAAUGGUCAAAUUUUAAUUUAAAAAAGUUUCCUCACUUUUUACGUAUAAUGGAGGAAGUUGACAAUAUCAUUAUUCACUCGUUGCGUCAAAUAGGCUGUGAUAUCGAAGAAAGCAUAACGAAUUUAGGAGGCUUUAAUACCGAAUUAGUUGUAGAAGCAACUGUAAGAUGUUUAGAUACAAUUCGACCUGGUCUUGGCUUGUCAGCAGUACUGCCAAUCAACAUGGCAGCACGAUUUCGAUUAGGAGCCUCUUUGGCACAAGCUUGUUCGGAAAUUGGAUACAGAGGUGACAUAGGCUAUCAAACAUUUCUCUACAGUUCCGAAGCUGAUCUCCGGCGUGUACUAAUGUUCUUAAUUGAAAAACUGCCAAAGGAGAGCGACAAUACUGUUAACGAACCAACUAGUAAAAUCGCCUUGUUAGAAAAGUCUCUCGCCACGACAAUAUCGCAAGACUUUCAAUCAUCCUGGAUUUCUGAUUUGUCUCAGGAGCGCGAAAGGUUCACCGGAAGAACGAAAGCGCCCUUCCGAACUGUACCAAUUGACGUUGCUUCGGACGAAAAAGGAGAAGAAUACCGAGAUUAUUAUAUUCAUUAUCAAAAAUCAGUGCCUGAACAAAUGCCGACUCCUUUCAGCCUCUUACCCUCUGUCCUAUCGCAUAAUGCAAGGUCGACAAAUAUCCUGCCAACGAAUAUAAUUGAAAGGCUAGACUGGCUCAAUUCUCAGCAUGAAGAGAGAUCGUCGAGUUCAACUCUCGGCAGCAUUCAUGCCCUGAGUAGAUUUACGUCGAGUGAGAAGGCGGAAAGUCCUCAAAGUCCUCAAAAUGAAACGCAACAAAUAGAGGAGUCCUCUGCUUCGAGUGUGGCAGUAUCGGAGGAAUCUUCGCUAGACAAAUUAGACAAUAGUGGGCAGGACUCGAUAAAAAGACUAACUUUUGACUGUGAAAGUUUGCGAACCGAAAUCGAGGAUCUACAAGUGGAGAGUAAGAAGCUCAGUGGGAAAUUGGCGCACGUGACAAUCGUCGAGCAGAGCGAGGAGAAAGACCUCACGGCCCUAGAGAAGCAGAGAAAAAUAAAAGCGAAAACUUAUGAUUUACUGGAAAAUGGAGACGAAAAUAUUCAGAAAUUAAAGGAGACUAUCGAAGCGAAUUCGAAUAAACUCAUUGGAUUAGUUAGUCAAUGGGAGAAACAUAGACUGCCUCUCAUCCAAAAGUAUCGGGAAGAAAUGGAAAAACAUUCUUCGAAAGCCAGCGCGAGUCAAAGAAAACUUGACGAAUUGAAGAAUUUGAAGGAGAAGGAAAAGGAACUGUCGGAGGAGAGUAGAAACAAGGACCAGCAGUAUUCUCAGUUAAUAGCCGACGUUCAAAAGCUCCCGAAGGAAAUCAACAGAUCGGCUUACACUCAACGAAUCCUCGAGAUAAUCAAUAAUGUUCGCAAGCAGAAGGACGAGAUCGACAAAGUCCUCGCGGAUACGCGCAGCAUUCAAAAGGAGAUCAACACUUUGACCGGGAGAUUGGAGAGAUCUUUCACAAUCGUCGACGAGCUAAUCUUCCGGGACGCAAGAAGCAACGAGGCUUCUAGAAAAGCCUACAAACUGCUCGCCACUUUGCACUCCGACUGCAGCGAACUCGUCACCCUCGUCGAAGAAACUGGCGCUACAGUUCGAGAAAUAAGGGACCUUGAAGAACAGAUUGACUCGGAAUCAACGAAAAAUGUGGGUGCUAAUUUAGAACGAAUAACGGCAGAUCUGAAGCAAAUGAAGCAGGAGACGGCCAUUUUAACGACACAACUUCAAAACAAAAAUUCGUGAUCGUUUUAUUUUAUUUUGCUUCGUGCUUCAAUGAAAACGACCAAGCCAUACCGAUUGUGCCUUGGCACUCGGAAUUAUGAGUUUUACAACUCGGAAGAGCUCAACAAGAAACUCGGAUCGAGGAGCCUACUUUUCUAAUUGUAAGAGCGACAAAUUUUCCUACUGUACUUUGAAAACGAUUUUUCCUCGAGUAAACGACAAAGUCAAAAUCACAGGAGGCAAAGGGAGAAAAUAAAUCUGAUGAAUGAUGCGAGGGAGAAUAUUUCUGUCCGACAGCGAAUCUAAUGUACAAAGUCGAUGUUUAUUAAUUAACUGCAACGGAUUUUGUAAUUUAUCCUGUCAAGAUUAAAAAGAGAAGACUUA